AUGAGUGACACUGCAGCGCUUAAAACUGAGGAUCAUUUGUCCGAUACCAGCCUAAAGCGCCCGAUUGAGUCUCCCGCUGAGUCUCCCGCUGAGUCUCCUGCUGGGUCUCCCACCGAGGCUCCCGCUGAGACUCCCGCUGAGACUCCCGCUGAGACCCCCACCGAUACUCCCACCGAGGCUCCCGCCGAGGAUGAUGAAGAAGAUGAAGAAGAGGUAGAUGACGAUGAGGAAGAUGAAAUUCGAUCCAGAAAGAGACGCCGCCGGAACCAGUUCAUUGAUAUGGAAGCCGAGGUCGAUGACGACGACGAAGAGGAUGAAGAGGAAGAUGAUGAAGAGGCGGUUAUGUUCAGAGAACAGUUUAUCGCGGACGACCAUGCGGAAGGCACCGAACCAGGCAAGCCGGAGACGGAAAGAGCCCACAGAGAGGUGGACAGAAGAAGACAGAAAAUUGAGGACGAGGAUGCCGAAAGAUUGGCCGAAAAGUUUAGAGAGCGGUACGGGCGCAACCAGGCGGGUGCGUUCCAGGGGGGCGACCAGGUCUCCCAGCGGUUGCUCCUCCCGUCGGUAGACGAUCCGUCCAUCUGGGCACUCAGAUGUCGCCAGGGUAAGGAGAAGGAGUUGGUGCGCCAGAUCUUGAAAAAGAAGCAGACAUUGAAGGACUUGGAGAUUUUCUCCGCCUUCCAGCGUGAUAACUUCAUCGGGUACAUCUACAUCGAGGCGCGCAAGCCGGAGGCGGUCGAAAAGGCCAUCAAGGGUUUGACCGGGAUCUUUAACUCGCAGCAGAACAAGUUCCUUGUGCCGGUGGACGAAUUCCCAGCAUUGUUGAGACAGAACAAGAGUACUGACGUGGAUCUCGUCCCAGGCACCUACAUUCGUAUCAAGCGUGGCUUGUACAAGGGCGAUCUCGCGGUGGUGACAAACCUCUCCGAGAACGGGUUGGAGGUCCAGUGCCGGUUGGUGCCGCGGUUGGACUACGGCCAGACGGACGUGGAUGAAGAUGGGAAGAAGAAGAAGGUCAGCAACAAGUUCAGACCGGCGCCGCGCCUUUUCAGCGAGAAGGACGCCGAACGGUACGAGCCAGACCGCCUCAGAGCCAUUGGCGCCAAGCGCUACGCUUAUCGAAACGAGCAGUAUCACGAGGGCUUCUUGAUCAAAGAUUUCAAGCUCCAGUAUCUCGACACAGCCGAGGUCAAACCAACCUUGGAGGAACUCACCCGGUUGAACAGUGGUAAAGAGGAUGACGGGAUCGAUUUGUCCAGCAUCGCACAGAGUUUGAAGCUGUCGUCACAGGCGUCCAUCGCGUUCCAUCCGGGUGACCACGUGGAGGUGAUCAGUGGUGAACAGGCCAGAAUCCGCGGCCGCAUCUUGGCCUCCCAGCAGUCCGAUAUCGUCACCGUGUUGGUUUCCUCAAAAGAGCCAAAGCUCAACGGUGCAAAGCUCGAGUUUCCAAUCUCCAACUUGCGCAAGAUCUUCAACUCUGGUGACCACGUUAUGGUUAUUAGUGGAAAACACGCGAACGACACUGGUUUGGUGGUCAAGGUUGAGGAAAACUACGUAACGUUGCUUUCCGACCAAUCGCGCAAGGAUAUUACAGUGUUUGCCAACAGUUUGGUCAAGAGCACAAACUCUGCCUCCACCACUACGGUCAGCAACUACGACUUGUUGGAUCUUGUGCAGAUGAAUGUCUCUGCCUUUGGUGUGGUGAUCAAGACCGACAGGGAAUUGUUUACGGUAUUAGGCCAGGACGACCGCACAACCACGGUCGCGCCGUCCUCCAUCACACAGAAGCUCAAGCUCUCGCCAAACCAGCAGAUCGCGACCGACCGCAACGGCCACGAGGUCAAGGUCGGUGACACCGUCAAGGAGCUCUCCGGCCAGAGAAGAGACGGUGCCGUCAUCCACAUCCACCGCAGCACGCUCUUUGUCAAGUCCAAAACGAUCCUCGAGAACUUGGGGAUCUUCGCCACCGCCUCGGGCAACGUUGCCACGGUUUCUGCCAAGGGCUCCAUCUCGGAUGUCUCUGCGGGGCCCGACUUGAACAAGAUGAACCCAAACUUGCAAAUCGGCAACAUGCCGCCACCGGUCGCCAUGAUGGCCACCAUGGGCCGAGACAAGACCUUGAACCAGAAUGUGUCGAUCAUCAGCGGUCCGUACAAGGGGAACAAGGGGAUCGUGAAGGAUGCCAACGGAAACACUGCCCGAGUGGAGUUCCACUCGCGUACCAAGAUUGUCACCAUCAGCAAGGACCGUUUGGGAUUCUACGAUGAUAACAAGAACUUGAUCUCGUACCAAGAGUUUAUGAGUCGUGGCAGCCGUGGGGGCAACCGCGGGGGCAGGGGCAACCCGCAUUUUGCCUCGAGCACGGGCGGCCAUGGCGGUAAGACUCCUGCCUGGCAGUCUGGCGGCAAGACCCCUGCCUGGGGCUCUUCCGGCGCCGCUUCAGGUGGCCUCACGGCCUAUGGCGGUAAAUCCGCUUACGAUGGCGGUAGCAAGACGCCAGCGUGGGGCUCUUCCGGGAACAAAUCGUCCUGGGGCGGUGGAUCCGCCUGGGGCGAUUCGGGCAACAAAUCCACGUGGGGUGGUGGGUCUACGUGGGGUAACCCAAGCGGCGGUAAGUCGGCGUACGGAGGUGGGGACAGGUCGGCUUGGGGAGGCAGUUCCGCGUGGGGUGGCAACGCCAGAACGUCUAGCUCGGAUGUGGCUCCAACUCCCGGUGACUGGGCCGCACCGACCCCUGGGGCAGCCCCGACUCCGGGCAACUUCAAUGACUACGAUGAUGGAUAUGAGCCGAACGCCGACACGCCAUAG